GAAUUAAAUAAAUGGAAUUGAAUAAAAAGUGGUUGAAUUAAGGCUGUGGAGGCUCAGCUCCUUAUCUUAUCAGUUUCUGCGGGAAACAAAGUCCGAGCUUGAAAUUUUCACUCAUAGGCACGGCUCCACUACACGAUUUUAUUAAGUAAAACUUUACAUUUAACUCGUCCCUCCUUAGUAAAGUUUUACUAAUGAGUAAGAAUUAAAAGAAGUAUUACAUUUCAUCAUAUAUCAUAUUUCGCUAUCGCCGUUAUGUAAUACAUAACCCCUGACCCCUGGACCCCUAUCUAUGACCAGGUAGGUACUAUACUUCACACCCUAAAUGUUUGCAACCUCGUCAUCCGGCGUGAAUUUUCAGCUCUUGCUUCUUUUUCCAUGUCAAUACUUUAGGUGAACAUCUCAUGUCUUCAUUGAAUAUUCACCUACUAUACGGUCCAACAUAUUCAAGUGCACACCUACUUUUUUACCUAUUUACCUAUCUUAUCCCUAUCUUGAAAUAUUAUCUCAUCCCUUAUUUAAUUUAAUUAGCCUUGCCUUCCUCUCAUCGUGAUGUCGGAUGAUUUCCGAGCAAUGUUGGACGCUGCUGCUGAACGUUUGGAGUCACAGUUCAGGGCUUUUUCAUCCAACCUGAGCACCCAACCAGACCGUGACCGCCAUCCCAAAGAGCAGACCAGUAGGCACCGGCGCGCUUCAGAGAGCGGGAAGCCCACCGCAGCGAAGGAUCCAGCUGGUUCUAACACAGCCCCAACUGCCUGGAAAGCCGCCCUCGAGGUCUUGCCAGACGAGCUAACCAACAUGCCUCUACCCAGCAACCCUCUCGCCCGCGCUCUAGCCGAGCAGCCCACCGUGCGUGAGCUGGAGUGGAACACGUACCGGUCGCAAAAGAAUUUCAAGCCGCGGACCACGAUGGACAUCACCUCCAUCAUGAUCUACCUCUCGGGGAAAAUCAGCGCCGACCCGUGCCGAAACUGCCGCCUGAUGAACAGGCCCUACGCGCGGUGCGUCGUGCCGUCGCCCGCGGUGCUCGCGCAGAGUAGUAGUCUGCGGCACGCGUGCGCGAACUGCACGUACCAGAGCCAGCAUCAGCGGUGCACGAAUCUGCCUAUCGAGAACGAGGAGCUGGCUACGAAGACCCGGAUGGCUAAGUCCGCAUUCAGGAUAAAGAACGCGACGCCCGUUAAACCUGUCGGGCGGAAGCCCAAGUCCGUCACCAGGAAUGCCAGUGCCAAGUUUAGCACCAGCAACAACAGCCCUACAUCAAAGCACAGGGCAGAUUUCAAAGACAUGAUACACAAGCAGUCAGCUGCUGCGAAGGGUAGUACAUCGGGGACAGCUUCAUUUACCGAGAAGCUCCGUCAAGCUCGUUCGUGGUCCCCUUACUCCCGGCAGCAGAUGAACGCAGAGGUGAUGCAGUGGCAAGCAGCCAUCAUGACCGUUGAAGCAGAAAAUCCCACUUCCACCUCAUCGUUCAACAGCCCCACACUCGCAGGGCGACAAGAACUCGAAAUGAAUCGGCUACUACCAGCUCCUAAUUUCGGUCGACGUCAAAGUGGUAGCGUAUCAAUGGACAUGCCAUCUUCGUUGCUUCCCCCCACUCACCCGGUUCCAUCCGUAGCGAGUUCUUCGGUCGAGGAAUAUCAAGGGGAGGUAAGUUCACAACGGAUAGAUGAGGGCGAUGGUCAAGAAAGUGACAGUUGCGAUAGAGACGGCGAAGGUCUUCGCGGGUUGGCCGUUGCAAUAUGAGGCCUGUGACAGGGUAUGAACCUGAAUGAUGAUAAAUUGCCAUGACAUUAUAACUAAAUGCCUAUCAAGGUACACGACCUCUAGACUUUCCUAGAGAUUAUCCUGUCACACUUGCUGUCAAUACAAGAUACCUAGUCAUCUAUCUACCAGACGUGCCGCUAUUUUUCGCCUGGCCACUU